AUGCCGCGGCGGCUGGCCUGGCUGUGCUGCUGCUGGGCGCUGCUGAGCGGCGCCUGCCGCCCCGCCGAGCCCGCGCUGUCCGCGGAGGGCGGGGAGCCGCCGCCCGCGGCCGCCUCGGGCUUCCUGUACCGGCGGCUGAAGUCGCACGAGAAGCGGGAGAUGCAGCGGGAGAUCCUCUCGGUGCUGGGGCUGCCCCACCGGCCCCGGCCGCUGCCGCGGGAGCCGCCGGCCCCGCCGCCGGGGCGCCUGACGGCGGCGCCGCGCUUCAUGCUGGACCUCUACCACGCCCUGGCUGAGGGCGCGGAGGGCACCGCGGGCGCGGAGCGGGGCCGCUCGCCGCCCCCCGCCCCGCCGCCGCCGCUGCCCAGCUCGCAGGACAGCGCCUUCCUCAGCGAUGCCGACAUGGUCAUGAGCUUCGUCAACCUGGUUGAGUACGACAAGGAGUUCACGCCUCACCAGCGGCACCACAAGGAGUUCAAAUUUAAUUUGUCUCAGAUUCCGGAGGGUGAGGCCGUCACAGCCGCUGAGUUUCGCAUCUACAAGGACUGCGUUGUGAGGAGCUUUAAAAACCAAACCUUCCUUAUCAGCAUCUACCAAGUGCUGCAGGAACAUCAGAACAGGGCCUCUGACCUGUUCCUGCUGGACACACGGGUGGUGUGGGCCUCGGAAGAGGGCUGGCUGGAGUUUGAUGUCACUGCCACCAGUAACAUGUGGGUGAUGAACCCUCAGCACAACAUGGGACUGCAGCUGAGCGUGGUGACUCAGGAUGGUUUCAGUGUAAAUCCUAGAGAAGCAGGACUUAUAGGCAGAGAUGGCCCUUACGACAAACAACCUUUCAUGGUGGCCUUCUUCAAAGUGAGUGAAGUUCACGUACGGACCACAAGGUCAGCAACGAGCAGGCGCCGGCAACAGAGUCGAAACCGCUCCACCCAGGCUCAGGAUGUUUCCAGGGUGUCUAGUGUUACAGAUUACAACAGCAGUGACUUAAAAACAGCGUGCAGAAAGCACGAGCUUUACGUUAGCUUCCAAGACUUGGGAUGGCAGGACUGGAUAAUCGCUCCAAAGGGCUACGCAGCCAACUACUGUGAUGGGGAGUGCUCGUUCCCACUCAAUGCCCAUAUGAACGCAACCAAUCAUGCCAUUGUACAAACUCUGGUUCAUCUUAUGAAUCCUGAUUAUGUUCCCAAACCAUGCUGUGCACCUACCAAACUAAAUGCCAUAUCUGUUCUUUAUUUCGAUGAUAAUUCUAAUGUAAUCUUAAAGAAAUACAGGAAUAUGGUAGUAAGAGCUUGUGGAUGUCACUGACAAACAGUCUUCACACAGACUAUGUGAUUCUACCAUGAACUUACAUACCACCUUCCCUGCUUUGAUGAACUACCUGACCUUGGAGGAAAAAUAAUUGAUGGACCACCUUUUAGAAUACCAUGUAUGUGCCUUGUCAGGGGUGGGGGGGAGGAGGGUGGUGAGGACUACAUGCUGGGGUGUGAGCAAACUGCUGGACUUCUUACAGACUGACCCAACACCAUGGUGGCUGCUUAGCUCUGCAGAGCUGGAGUAUGCAAAGCAGCAAUAUGCCCACAAAUGCUUUAUUGUCUGGGAUGGCCUUGAUCAUACAUAGCAGCUUGGCAUUUAGCAGUUUUGGAUGUGUGCUGCAGUUUUACCAGAUGGGUAAAAUAACCAACUGAGUCUUUUUAGGGAGGUGGGGGAAAAUGAGGGGAGAGACAGGGGAAGCUAAAGAAAGUGGUGUUAGUAUUUCAGGCUUAGAGCAGCUGUCUUGUACAAGAUAACAAAAAAUUCCUAAGGUUAGGAAUUGCCUUUUGUCUAGAAGGAUCAGUUACUACACCUAGCCUGUUCGUCUCCUGAAAUCUGUCAUGACAGUAAUCGUCUUAAAUUGUGCCAAAUCAAAUGUUUCAGUUCUCUUGUUCUCCAAGCACAGUUUAAGUAAGUCUGAUCCUUACAUUAUGAGAGCAUAACGUGGCUUGGCUGCACCCUGUGUUAGAAACACUAGUGUGAACUCAGGCCCCGGCUGGUCUUUCCAGUUCACUACUUGACUGAGCAGUAUAACUUCAUACACUUGUUCUUACGCAACUUCCUUUCACUCCCCACAUGGAGCUGCCUCAUCUACUACCACUUGCCCAGGAAGGAAGUGGGGAUGCUUCGACAGCUGUAAUUCAGACGUAAAAGUUUAGGGGCCAUUCAUUCUCUGGCUGAAGAAUUUAUUUACAGGAAGACAGAAUGUCAACAACAUAGGCAAGUCUUUGGCCAACCUUCCCCAAUCAACUCACGCAACUAACAAACUGGUAUAAAGGAUACAUUCAUAGUGUAGCCACCGUUUGUCUAGCAGAAGCUAAUAGGAAAUUGUUUCGAUCAAUAUUAAACUUGUAUUAAAUGCACUUACCUCUAAUUCUUGCAUUUAAAAGGCUUCUUGUAAAUACAAGCUAUAAUUUAUUGCACUUGUCACUGUAUAUUCAUUGUGCUGUAUCAUUUAUAGAAAGACUGCUUUUUUAAAAAGUUUUUAUUUAGAAAAAUCUCAGUGUAAACAAUUGUACCACUCUGAUUUUAUACAAGAAACUCAUGAGAUUGUGCUUCACUAGAAAGUUGUUAAAAACGUGAUAAUAAAGGCUUCCUUUAAGGCAGAAGUA